GGUCCCAAGGCCCGGACGCUCCUGCAGCGCAGCGCGCCUGCGCGCCAGCCGCCUCCGUCGUGCCCGUGGCGAGUGGCGCGCGGGCAAGGCUCGCCAGCCACCUGCAAACGCCUUCUCCUCCCUCCAAAGCACCCCCGACCCGGUGACCCAAUCAAGUCCAGGGACCGGAGAGAGGAGAAGCGGGAAAUGGCUGCUCAGUGCCCCUAAGCAACAUGGCGCCCGGCGGCUUCAAAGCCCCGUUGGGAGACACCCGCAACCCCCCACCGCUGGACCUGCCACCAUGGACGAGCCCUCCAUGCCUGGGGUUCCUGCCCCUGUUGUGGCUCCAGGGCCGGCCCCGCCCGCCACCACUCCCCGAGUCCCCUUUCACUGCAGCGAAUGUGGCAAGAGCUUCCGUUACCGAUCGGACCUACGGCGCCACUUUGCCCGGCACACGGCGCUCAAGCCCCACGCAUGUCCUCGCUGCGGCAAGGGCUUCAAGCAUAGCUUCAACCUGGCUAACCACCUGCGCUCACACACGGGCGAGCGGCCCUACCGGUGCUCCGCCUGCCCCAAGGGAUUCCGAGACUCCACGGGUCUGCUGCACCACCAGGUCGUCCAUACAGGUGAGAAGCCCUACUGCUGUUUGGUGUGCGAGCUCCGCUUCUCCUCUCGCUCCAGCCUGGGCCGCCACCUCAAGCGGCAGCACCGGGGGGUUCUUCCCUCUCCCCUGCAGCCAAGCCCGGGCCUGCCUCCCCUGAACCCCCCCUGCUCAGUGUGUUGCAACGUGGGUCCCUGUUCGGUUUGCGGAGGCGGAGGCGGAGGGGCCGGCGGAGGAGAGGGCCUGGAGGGAGCCGGAGCGACCAGCUGGGGACUGGCAGAGGCGGCAGCCGCCGCGGCGGCCUCGCUGCCCCCGUUCGCAUGUGGCGCCUGUGCCCGGCGCUUCGACCACGGCCGGGAGCUGGCUGCCCACUGGGCGGCGCACACUGAUGUGAAGCCAUUCAAGUGCCCACGCUGCGAGCGUGACUUCAAUGCGCCCGCCCUGCUGGAACGCCACAAGCUUACACACGACCUGCAGGGGGGCAGUGCACCCCCGACGCAGGUCUGGGCCCCCGGCGGCGGGGGUCCAGAGGUGGCAGGAGACGGCGACACAGUGGAGGUGGGGGAUGGCCCGCCAGCCUGGGACGCCGGGCUGCUUCUGAGCCCCACUGGGGCGAGCAUGCCCAAGCUGGAGGCCCUGCUCCCCGAGGGCGAGGGUGCGGGGGAUGCCCGGGCUCCUGCUGCGGCAGCCGAGGCGUCCUCGGAAGACACACUGUACCAGUGCGACUGCGGGACGUUCUUUGCGUCUGCCCCCGCCUUGGCCAGCCACCUAGAAGCGCACUCGGGCCCGGCCACCUAUGGCUGCGGGCAUUGCGGGGCGUUGUAUGCAGCGCUGGCCGCCCUGGAGGAGCAUCGGCGUGCUAGCCACGGUGAGGGCACCGGGGAGGCAGCCCCUGAUGGUGAGGGCGAGCAGGUGCUUGGAGGGCCGGGGCCGGGCUCCUCCAGCCGUGGCAAGAAAAUCUUUGGCUGUUCCGAGUGCGAGAAGCUGUUUCGUUCGCCUCGCGACCUGGAACGGCAUGUGCUGGUCCACACAGGGGAGAAGCCGUUCCCGUGCCUGGAGUGUGGCAAGUUUUUCCGCCACGAGUGCUACCUCAAGCGCCACCGGCUGCUGCAUGGCACAGAGCGGCCCUUCCCCUGCCACAUCUGUGGCAAGGGCUUCAUCACGCUCAGUAAUCUCUCGAGGCACCUGAAGCUCCACAGGGGCAUGGACUGAAUAGCCAGGCCACCCCGGCCCGCCAGAGCCAGAGCAGAAGAUGGGGCCCUUACCUGGAAAAAUGGUGCCACCCAGAACCCACACAGGACCACGGCAAUGCAUCCUUCAGCAAAGGGGUCCAAGAACAUAAUUGUUGGGAACUGAGAUCUACAGACAGACUCUUGACCUUGAGACCCCCGGAAUGUAGGCAUGCUCAAAUCAACUGGCCUCCGAGACUGGGGACCUAGGAAUGAAAAAAACGGGUCUCCACUAACACCUCUCAGCAGAUACAGCAGAUAACAGGUGGGCACCCCCGUCCUACCACCUACUCCCUGAGAGCCAUCAUUCCCAGCGACCUUCAUCUGGGGAGUGGGAGGGUGCAGCAUCCUGGAAUCUCCAGCAGCCCCUCCAGAUGGCCACCGGUGGCCCCUGAAACAUGAAUAUAGCCAGAAUCUGCCUUUCCCCAUUUUACUUGCGAUGCUGAAAGAGGACCAGGGUAGAUGCCCCCACCUUCAAUUAACCUACUCGCAGAUUAGAUCUCCCUUCCUGCAGAAUGGCCUGACCCUACUGACCGUCCCCCAUCCUGAACACUAGAUUAGGCUGGCCCAAAGUCUCCCUCUCUGCCCCGUAGGUUGGAUUGACCCGGAUACACAUACUCCUGUGCACUUGGAAUGGGCUCCACUCUCCUUAGAGUAAUAGGGCAGACAUUCCCUUAUGCUGUAGAGAGCAGUCCCCUGCCCGCGGCUGUCCCAGUCCUGUGACCUGGUGGAGGUGGUAGACACUGGGGUUUCCCUCCCCUCAACUGUAGUUCCUAUCUGUCUUCCCGUUGCUACUACCUUGUCUCUGUGUUCCAACUCCAAGAGGAAAGGGGGACUUGGCUAGGGGUCUCUCCCCCAUGAGCCUCAACCUCACCCCCUGGUCUCCCCAAUAUCUCUGGGACUCCAAUAAACCUCAUUCUGUCAAUCA